UAUGAUCAGAUCACCGCAUCAAAUAUAUUCAUGAUCAGUCUGGUUGCGUUCUCUGCUGUGGCUCGUGUGUAUGCCAUUUGAUGAGAUUGAUCAAUGAGACUGCGCUGUUGUCACCAUUGUUCUUGAACAAUAAUUAUUCUUUGGCUUCGGUGCUUGAUUCGGAUGGCUCCGACUCAUGCAGCUACGGCGGAUCUCAGAUCAAAUGCUGACACGAGGCAUGUUCAUGUUGUCGUGGAUCGCACAUACCUGCGGAUUGGCUUCGCUGGGUUGCAUUUCGAUUCCCCCCUCCCCACCUUCUAUUAUCCUGACAUUCUGGCCUAUCAACAACAUCAAAUUUCCUUCAUGAUGGCGGGUUCCUUGGUCUUUUUUCAAACUACUUUAUGUUUUGAUCGUGGCAUCCGAAAAUUCACAUCAAUCGGAGGUGUUUUUUUAUCCCCGAUCGUAACCCUUAAAUCAUCAGCGUCAUCAUUAUGGCCAUAUCCGACCAAGAUAGGCGAUAAAUGCGCCUUUCUAUUUGCCCCUUGGUCUUGUCCGGUUCAAGGCUCAGUUCAGACGGCCCGAUACGACAACGGCCUGGAGAUCCAUAACGACGUUGAUACUGAUCGGAGGAAACAGCAUCAGCUUGGCUACAUCCACUUGCCUGGGUCCCAGCUCCGACGUCUGGUGUCCCCCUCGCAACACCCAUCACCCCUUCGCGCCCCAAGCGUAUUUUGUUUCUCGGUGCACCCCCCAUUCUUUCCGAAGCUUUCAAAAUCGCGCACCGAACGAACAUCGUGACCCGGAAUUGAUUUGGUAUAGGAGUUGUGUAGGAUCACCCCACCCCUUCUACCCUGUGGCACGACACAGUGUUGCGAACGUUCCCUCGUUGCAGGCAGAUAACCCAAAUUCCAAAUACGCGGAAAACCCCCUUUGUAUUGGCAGAUUCUCCGCCUCCGACACCAAGUCAUUGUGUGGCGGAAAACUAUAAAG